GUUUACAUAGACUGAAACAUGGAAGCGUGCCAACUUUGUUUAUGUGGAGCUGUGAGCUGAAGCCCAGGAGGACACUUGAACGACAUCAGAGUGUUAAUGAUAUUGAAACAUUUGAGGAGGAUGAAGAGGAGAACCAUUCAUUUUCUGAUCAGAACACAGGAGAACAAUCUAACUGUGGUUUUGGGGCACUGCGAGACCAUGAUUACCUGGAAACAUCUCCUUCCACAGAAGAGCAGCUGAAUGCAGCACAGAAGGAGAUUGCUCACCUGACAAAAGAAAAUGAAAAUUUGAGAAGUCAGCAGUUUUGUCCACAAAGAUUCCAAUGUGAGCCCAAGCUGAUAAUGUUUUACACGAGAUUUAAAGAUUAUGAAACCCUCAAAGCACUCUACCAGUCUCUUCAACCUACAGCACAGUCUCUGGUGAGAUGGACUCAAAUGCAAAGACUUACUAAAACAGAACAGAGUGUAAUUGCUGGCUUUCAGGCACAAGACAAGGGUCUCUUUGACCAGUUUUUCUUGUUUCUCUGCCGUAUGAGGCAAAGGCUUCUUUCUGCAGAUUUAGCAGUAAGGUUUAAUAUCUCAAAGGCCACAGUCAGCAGGAUAUGUAUUACUUGGGCUAACUACUUGUAUUCAAUCUUGGUACACUACCAUUAUGGCCAAGUAGAGAGGCUGUAG